AUCUUCUAAGAGGACUGCAGAGUCCUCCGCUCUAACCAAGGGAAAUGUAUCAAAGAAGGCUAAAAAGAAGAAGAAGCAGGUGCAGGAGCAUGAGUCCGCUGAUGAGAAUGUUGAUCAUGCUGCGAUCUUGGAAGAGAAGGGCACUAAAAAACAGUUGUUUCAACGUAUAUGGAAUGAGGACGAUGAAGUUUCUAUUUGUAAAGGAAUGAUCGAGCAUGGUGAAAAUGAAGGGAUUGAUCCAGCUUUACUGGAUAUGUUUUCUUUCUACGACUCCAUUAGAGAUUCAAUUCAGUUAGAAGCCAGUAGAAGCCAAUUAACUUACAAAGUAAAGAAGCUGAAGAAGAAGUUUUUGAAAAAUCUGGAGAAAAGUAACGAAACAACGAAAAAAAACAUCCAUUCAACAUCAGUUUAG